AUGCGUCCAUCCACUCUUAAAGAAGCCUUUAGAAAGUCCGGUAUUUAUCCUAUUUGUAGAGUUCAGAUUACCGAUGACCAAGUUAGAUCUUCCCUGGUAUAUUCGCACAGUGACCAAAGUACGCUUCCCUCUAACUCUGCCUGCCAAUCUUCCCUGCCUGAACCAACGCGUACUUCCUUCGUAACUUCCACCAUGAGUACAUUGUCUCCCCCGGAGCAGAGUACGUCUCAAAGCGAAACGCCCUCUCUUUUGUCUCAGGCCUGCGAGUCUCCACUACCCCAAGAAAGUGAGCCUUUAAGCUCAACAAGUAAUCCUUUAUCGCAGACUUGUGAGUUGUCCUUCCCUGAAGAGUCUGAACAAAGUACGCUUGUAAGCGCAACGCGUACUCCUUUGCCUAAGGCCUCGGAGUCUUCAUUUUCUGAACGAAGUCUAGUUGUAGGCUCAACGCAAAAUGUAUCCCGCCGAUCAUAUCGUCUAAGUCAAAGUGCCUAUUCUGACGCGUUUGAUGCAUUAGAGUCUGUUUUAAAAACGCCAGUGAAGGUGAAAUACAAGCGCAGGUUGGAUGAGGGCUACAACUUAGACGGCAGUCCGACAUACCAGACUUGGAAGACCUUGCUCACUGCUGCAUCGAAAAAUAAUUCAGUAAACGAAUCAACAAUACAGCAGCAAACGCCUUUAACUUCUACCCCACGCCCACGUGCAGCUUCAUUUUCUUCUUAUUCAGUUUCCACAGUACUUGAGGAAAUAAUCAUCUACCCCUCUGCGCCCGACAACAUUAAUGCGAGUCGCAAAAAUACGAAAAAACCCCUCCCGAACUAUUUAAACGGUGAAGCUUCCAUGAAAAUUUUGCUUGAUGCAAAAUUAAAGAAAGCGAGGGAACUUGCCGCAAAGCAGAAGAAAUUAAGGGAGAGAGAAGAGAAGAAGGAAGCUAAAAGAAGGAAUCAAGAAGCGAAAAAGAGAGAAGUGCAAGAAAGAAAACAAAAGAAAAACCAGAAGUCCACUGAAAAGGAAAGGAGUGCAGGCAAACGAAGGAAGCGUGCGACUAGCGGAAGGGAAUGGAGAAGAUCACUACCCCAACAAAACGACAACAGCUGCAAAGUCUGCUGGCAACAGUAUUCUCCUUCCGAUGACGAAAAUUUGCCAUGGGUUAUGUGUGACCAAUGCGAACUGUGGAUGCACAUUGACUGCAUACCGAUUGGAGUCGAUAAAACACCCAUUGACAACGACAGGCAAUUUUUUUGUCACGAUUGUCGUUGA